GCAACAGGUGUGUGAGCAAAUGCAUUGAUUUUGGUAUUGACCAUGUCGAAGUUUUACUGCUGCGUGGAGUACUGCUUCACAAAACAAGGAAACGGUAUAGCAAUGCAUCAAUUUCCUACCGUAGAACCUCUACGAAAGCAGUGGAUUGAUUUUGUGCGCGCCACUAAACGCGAUGGAUGGAAUCUGCGGCGUAGCAAUCGCAUCUGUUCGCUACAUUUUGAGGCUAAUUGCUUUAUGCAAAAUCCGCGAUUUUUAGCGCAGUUUGGUUUUGCGACGAAUAGACUUCGUCUCGAGCCUAAUGCCAUCCCGAGCAUUUACCCCGCCAUUUGCCGCCCUCGAGCAAAAGCAGCUACUGCAGCCCCCAAGCAUCCUCGCCGCGAGUUUGGCGAAGGGGAGCCACGAGCGCCUACUUCCUUGGUGCAGAUGUCGCUGGAGCGCAGCUUCGCCGACCCGAUAUACAUGCCUACUAACUCGGGACAAAUAAAAGUGGAUGCACAGACACAGUAUGCUGUCGCAGUGGCCUCAAAGACUGCCCAGGUGGCUAUGAUGCCAGGGGAAAGAACUGUACAUGGCGAAAGACGCCGAAUGGCAAAAGAUAUGGAGUGCCAGACUGACUUAUAGUAUCAGAAGAGGUGAAGCAGUGGGCUCUCUACAACGACACUGUUCAGACCCACCUCAAACGUGUAUGUUGGAGAUUGAUCUGAAUGCCACGGUACUUGUCAUGGCAGGCAACAUGUAUGUUGACUGUCAUGACAAGUACUCUCGCGUUCGGAGCCGUCUCUAGUACACAUGUUACAGAUGCAUCUGAAUGCUGCCAUUGCAGAGAGCCCACUACUGUCGUGACAAGACAAAGAAGCCUUGCAGCAAUCAUUCCAACCAUUCUGGAUCAAAUA